AUGUCGCUGUCGCAGCCGCUGAGCGCGCGGAAAGGUCUGUGCAACGACUCGGGCGCGAACAACUGCUUCCUGAACGUCGUGAUCCAGAGCCUGUGGCACGUGCGCAGCUUCCGCGUGCUCAUCGCCCGCGGCGACCACGCGGCGCAUCACCGCUGCAGUGGCGACGUCUUUGCUGCUCGCGGAAAAGAGCGGCCGCCGGCGCACGUGGCGUCCGUCGUGCUGCCCUGUCUCUUGUGCGAGCUCGAGCAGGUCUUUGUCCUGUACCAGUUCGCCGAGCAGUCGGUCCUGGACGUGGACCGCGUGCGACUGGCGCUGGGCGACACGUUCGCGCUCGGCGCGAUGAACGACGCGACGGAGACGCUGGAGACGAUCCUCGACGCCCUUCACCACGAUACGUUCAACCGGAUGCUGGCGCUCCGUCGUCGAGGGGCCCACCGCAACGGUUCGAUCAGUGACGUCCAUCGAGUCGCCGACAUGUCCGAGUCUCUUCGACAAGACGCAGCGUCGAUCAUCUGCGAGCCGCAGUGUGUGGCCCACCGCCUCUUUCAGAUGAAUCUCAUGGAGUUGAAAGUCUGUACCGUGUGUGGGCAUACGGCCGAGCCGGGAAUGAACACGGACUUUCUGUAUCGAGUCUAUGCGCAAGAGUUACUAAACAGUGCACGAGCUGGGUCGGUCGGUGAGAAGCAAAAGAAGGUGACGCUGGAGGAAGCGUUGCACGUGGUCGCACAGACUCAAGAUGUGGCUGGAACUUGUGACGUGUGUGAACGUGGCGGACCGCGAGCGCUGAGCAGGUGGAUCCUCACGCUGCCCAUGGUGUUUUCCAUCAGUAUCAUCUGGUCCAGCAGUCACGUGCACAAGACUGACAUUAAGGACUGGAUGGAACUUUUGUCGUCGCAGUGUGCGGCAUCCAAUAGGGACGCAGAAGCGCAGCAAGCUCUGGAUUUAGGACGCAUCUUUCGACUGGAUAAUUCGACGGAGGUGUCGUCGACGUACUCGUUUCGAGGUCUUGUCUGCUAUUACGGACGGCACUAUGUGGGAUUCUUCGCUAGCCGGAGCCUGGACGAGAACGGACGCGAGUGUGAGCGCUGGUUCUUAUUUGAUGAUACGCGGGUUAAACUUGUUGGGACGUGGGCUGACGUCCGACUACGCAUUGAGCGCGGAGGUUACCAGCCGACGCUGCUGUUUUACGAACGCAAUGGAAUCGAGCAAGAGUAUCUCGAGAAGAUAUCUACCGAGAUUCACUCGUGGUGGGCUGCAUCUGCGAAUGAAUCGGAUGACGCUGUGAUGCAUGAGGAAAAAGACUCUGCUGGCAAGGUGAAAAUGAUUGGCAAGGGGGCUCCGCACGAAGUCGAUUUGGGUCGAGACACUGAGGACGAGCUGCUUGCAAGAAUGGAGCAAAGUGUUCGAAUGGCUCAGGGGUCUCCGCUCACCUUGUUGACUCCUGCUGGACCCGGGAAGUUGCCAACAAGCCCGAUUUCGCUACCGUUCCAAGUACCAAAAUCAAUGCCUGUCCAUACUGAAUCAAAAACAGAUGACGGAUGGCGCGACGAAGAUGUUCAUCUGCAUAUGGCCCACAAGUCCGCUCGAGACACUUUGUCUAGGCUCAACGGGAUGUUGUGUAAGAACCAAGGUCCGGCGUCUACUCCGGUUGACGGUCGAGCAGCAUUGCGGAUGGCGAUGUCUCAAUCGAUGCAGCGCUCUAUUCGCCUACGUGACUACUCCGUCCGCCGCCCCGCUGAGAAGGAAGUUGAUGUGAACCGUGACAAGAUUUUUGAAGAUGCGACGCCAUGCAUUAAAGAAUUGCGAGACACCCCACCCCAACCUGGCUCGAUCAAGCUUGUAUCGACAACUUGCGAUGAAGCAGCAACACAAGUAUCUCAAGCUCCGGUGAAAGUAUUUGAUGUUUGCCUGCAUGCUUCAGACGGUGGAAUUGGUUUGCUUCUUGACAAAAGUACACGUAACGGCAGUCACUCUGCGUCGACAGCGCCGGACACUAAAGCGGCGUUUACUGUAUCGGGCUUCGAAGUGAAUGGUGUCGGCUCUAAGCUACCCGCUGAAGCUAGCGGGGCGAUCGACAAGGGGGAUAUCCUCGUGGGUAUCAACGGGCACGUGUUGGAAAACGAAGAACUAUUUGACGUGCUGGAGAUGCUACUAAUGUCGUCCAAUCCCAUUCGGCUGCAAUUCAAUCGCAUGCAGCAGUGGGCAUGUCCUCGCUGCACCCUCGUUAACGAAAGAAUGGUUGCUACAUGCUUGGUAUGUGGACACACACCAACGUUAUGA